AUGAAAGAACGUCAACUUCUGGGCAUACACGGUUUAUUACCAGCCAGAGUGAAAACUAUGAAAGAGCAAUUGUUUCUAUGCAAACUGACUGUGGAUAAUUAUACCACUGCAACGGGUAAAUACUUAUAUUUAAACGACUUGAUGCAAAGAAACGAAAAAUUAUUCUAUAAACUUUUAACGGAAAAUAUAGAACAACUGUUGCCCAUCGUUUAUACCCCAACAGUUGGACUGGUGUGCCAAAGGUUUGGUUUUCUAUUUCGACGACCCGAAGGUAUUUUUCUUAAUAUCUAUGAUAAAGGCAACGUGCAGCAGAUUUUAAAAAAUUGGCCGGAAAAAGGAGUUAAAGUGAUAGUUGUCACAGAUGGCGAACGAAUUUUGGGUCUGGGCGACCUUGGAGCGCAUGGUAUGGGAAUACCAGUGGGCAAAUUAUCCCUAUACACGGCUUUAUCCGGUAUCAAUCCAAAAGCAUGUCUUCCGAUUACAUUAGAUUGCGGAACCAACAACGAAACGUUAUUAAAUGAUCCUCAGUACGUCGGCUUGAGAGAAAAACGGAUCGGGGGCGAGAGAUAUGAAGCUUUCGUGGACGAGUUUAUGGAGGCGUGCGUCGAAGAGUACGGUCCAAAUAUAUUGAUACAGUUCGAAGAUUUUGGUUCUCAUCAUGCAUUUAAGUUUUUAGAAAAAUAUAGACACAAAUACUGCGUAUUUAACGACGAUCUGCAGGGAACAGCCGCUGUGGUUUUGGCAGGUUUAAUGAGUUCAUCGCGUAUAACCGGGAAAAAAUUGUCCGAGUCUAAGAUUUUGUUUUUGGGAGCCGGCGGGGCAGCAAACGGAAUAGCCUCGCUAUUGGUGAUGGGCAUGAUAAGACAAGGUGUCAGUAAAGAAGAAGCAAUCGGCAAGAUUUUCCUAAUCGAUGCUGAUGGGUUGGUGGUCAAUACAAGAACGAAAGGUGAUCUUAUUGGUCCAAAAAAGUAUUAUGCUAAAGACCUCAAUGAAAUGGACGAUCUUAACGCAAUAGUAAAUAAUGUUAAACCCAAUAUUCUUAUAGGAGUUUCCACCAAAGGGGGCGCCUUUACACCGAAAGUGCUUAAAUCGAUGGCUGCAAUAAGUAAGAGACCUGUUAUUUUUGCAUUAAGUAAUCCUACAAAUAAUGCGGAAUGUACACCACAGGAAGCCUACCAGCACACAGAAGGAAGAUGCGUUUACGCCAGCGGUUCGCCGUUUAAAGAGGUUGAAUACCAAGGCAAAACAUAUAAAACUGGUCAAGGAAAUAACUGCUAUAUAUUUCCUGGCGUUGGUUUAGGAGUAAUGCUAUCCCAAAUGCUUCACAUACCCGAGGAAGUAUUUUUAAUAGCUGCAGAUACUAUAGCAGAAAACAUCAAACAGGAACAUUUGGAUAAGGGAAGUGUAUACCCACCGAUAACGGAUAUAUAUAACAUGUCCGGCUUGAUUGCCGAAGCAAUAAUGAAAUAUGCGUUUGAAAAGAAUCUUGCUGGUAUAAACAGGCCUGAAAGUAUUCCAGAUUUUAUCGAAAAACAUCAAUAUUCCACUUCUUAUGAAGAUGCUCUUCGACCGACCUGGGAGAUACCUCCUUUGGACACAAAGUACGAUAUGGAAAAGUGGGACCCUCCAAAAUCCUUUUGUUAA